GUGAUGUUUUUUUGCCCUUUCCCCCCAUCCCUGGCCGACCGCCUCUUUGUAGUCUUUUUUUGUCCUUUCCAUACCUGACCUCGGCCUUACCCUGGCUGUGCUCUCCCCCAUGACGCCUCAUCAGUGCACUCCUGCUCCUAGUCGCAUAUCGCCCCCCCUCCCCUGCCUGACACCCACAAUCAAGCCCCUGACCCCACCACGUCGACUUGCUUCUCUUGCCGGACCAUGGCCGACCAAUUCCUGGCCGAGCAGCACACAUGGACGCUCUUUCAACACUCCCAGUCUGACGAGCAGGACAGCUGGGUCAUGUUGACCAGGGAUGGCGAGAUUGUGCCCAUCCCUGGCGAGAAGAUCCUUCAUACUUCGAGGCCGAGGGUCGGCCUCGAGAUCUGGACGCCUCGCGAGCUCCAAAUCGCCGAGCCGUUUUCCCUCAAGUGCGACAACGGCAUUGCCUACAUCACAAACGAGCGGGUGAUCUACCUCCCAGCCAGGCCGAGCGAGGACUUCAAGUCCUUCUUUACGCCUGUGCUGAACUUCAGCGACACGCACGUUCACUCGUCGUGGAUUGGUCCCUGGAGCUGGGGCGGAACGGUGAGGCCCGUCCCGGGGGGUGGCAUUCCCAUGCACAUCCCCCGGAUAGAAGUCAAGUUCGUCUUCCGGGACGGCGGCCACAGCGACUUUCAGACCAAGUUUGAGUGGCUCAAGGAGCGGCUGCACCAUGCCCGGGAGCUGGGGUUGAAUCCGGGCCAGAACCUCGAACCGCCGCCGCCCUACGAAGCCGGCGCUCAGCCGCCCCCGUCCUCCGGCGCUUCCGGUAGCGCGCAAGCCGGCGCCCAGACACCGGAAGAGGCGCCCCAGCCCGCUCCCAACGAGCCGCCGCCGGACUAUUUGACGGCCCAAGCCCAGGCAGUCGCCAUGCGAUACGAAGAGCGCAUGCGGGAAGAAGCAGAGGGGAACUGAGGGUUGUGGGGGGGCUUUUCUUGCGUCUUUGGGACCCG